UUUUUUUUUUUACAAUGUUCCUUAUUAUUAUGAUUUUUUCAUGAUCAAGUAUUAUUAGCUUCUAGAUAUUCUUUUUUAUAAUUUGAAUAUGAUCCAACUUAUAGAAAUAAGUCAACCCAAAACCGUGGGACAAGAGUGAAAAAAUCAAAAAAUAACCGGUGUUUGAAAAAAAUACUCUUUUUUUUAUUUAUUUUUAUUUUAUUUUUUUUUUUUAAUUUCUUGUUUUUAUACAGUUUUAUUCCCAAUGGAAAAAGAUCAUCGAACUUAUGACACUUCACAACAACAGGACGAUAUUGAAUAUCAUCUUUUUCGAAUACAAAAGCUUACUCAUGGUUCAACAACAACAAUACAAUCAUUAGAAAAAAUAUUAUCCAUGAUAAUGAAUGAUUGUGUUAUUAGUAAUAUUGAAGCUGGGAAGAAUUGGAUAUUUGAAAGCUGUAGUCAACCUGAACAUUGUCAAGCUGUAUUAGAAUAUAUGAAUGCUUUAGCCAAAACAACUAACCAUUUUUCUCAUCGACUGCAUCUGUUGUAUUUAAUCAAUGAUAUAUUUCAUCAUGCUAUACGACGACAAUUAAAUUGGAUGAUAACUGGAUUUUUAUCAAGAAUAUCAAUCUUAUUGUAUUUGAUUUACCAUUGUCCUGAUGCAACAAAUAUACAAGUACGACAACAGAAAGUUUUAAAGGUUCUCAACAUAUGGGAAGAAAAACAAUUCUUUGAUUCAAAUGUUAUCCAGAAACUACGUCAAGAAAUUGAACAUGGCCCAUCAUCAGUAUCAUCAUCACAGUUUACCUCAUCUCAUACAGAUACUGAUAGUGGUUAUAUACCAAUACCAUCACAACAACAACAACAACAACAACAACGAAAACCAUAUUAUGAUCUUCCUGCUGGUCUUACUGUUGUAUCCAUCAAGAUCAAUCAACCACCUUAUACACCUAUCAAUCCCUUAUCUGUACAUCAAAGACCUACUCAUCAACAUAAACUUCCUUCCAAAGACAUGCUUCGUGCAGUGGAUGAUUUUUACACUGGAUUGAAAUUAGAUGACAAUGGACCAUUCAAAACACCUAUCAGCAAGGAUAUGGCUUUUACAUUGGGAUGGGAAAACGGUUAUUUGGAUGAUUUUUACAAAACUUUCCAAUCAACAUUGCCUCAGCGAAUGCGAAAUGUACCUUCUCAAAGUUCAUCUCAACAAAACAAACGGUCAGAUGAUGAUAUGGAAAGAAAUGAAAAACAAGAUCAUCGACAUCGUAACCAAAUUAACAGAGAUAAAAGUCCUCGACGCGGUAGAAGUCCAAGAAGACGUGAUAGAAGUAUUGAAAGAAGGAGAUCAAGAUAUUAUAGUCGAUCACGAAGCCGAUCAAGAUCCAAUUCACGCUCUAGAUCACCAGUAAGAUCUGAUUACCACCGACAUCGGGAUCAUCAUUAUUCAUCAAGAAGACGAUCUACAAGUACUGAACGUCGAUAUCGAAAGGACUCUAAUAAAUUGUCAUCAUCUCAACCUUAUUAUUCAAAAUCUUCUUUACCAACCUCCAGCAUGUUGCCUUCUUCAACUUAUUCAACGAUGUCAUCACCAUCAUCAUUAUCAUUAGCUUCAACUGGACGUAUGGGACUUGGUCAUGAUUCAGCACCUGUUGAUGCCUUUGAUGAAUUCCGAAAACGGUCCAGCUAUAAUUUUAACAGAGAACUUGGAUUCCGUGAUAACUCGGCUGGACCAAAAUGCUACAACUGUGGAAAUUAUGGUCAUUUUGCAAGAAAUUGUGAUGGAAAGUAAGAGGAUUGCUAUAGACCACUCUUGUUUAGUUUAGUGUAGUGUUUAUUGUUGUUUUGAAUAAAAAAAUCAAACAGUUUGUUUUUUA